AUGUUCUCUGCCAUGAAUCGAUCUGCACAAAAUGGAGAAGAGCCACCUGCUAAAAAGAAGCGAAUAUUGCCCCCCAUUGGAAAGGAAGCUGAUGAAGAGAAGCAUGUCUUCAUUUCUGUGGAGGGUUAUGCCGAGCAGAUUGAGAAGCUGUUUGAAGGAGACCAUGAGUUUGUAUUCAUCCGCGGUGGCGUGGCCAUCGGCAAGACCACAUUGGCAGAGCAUUUGGGCCGCUCUGAGAAGUAUGUGAAGGUGCCCUUCACUGAACAUGGUCGUGACGAUGCUUGGAGGGUGAGCACAGUGGAAGCCGUGCAACAAGCAACAGGCAAAGUUGACAGAGCUGGUUCAGCUUUCCGGAGUGCGCUGAAGCAAGCCAAGGACAACAACUUGACCCUGAUUUAUGAUGAAGCUCACACACUGUUCCUCUCUCCAGACCUAUGCUCAGACUUAUUCAAAGCAGACAUACACUAUCGACCACGGGUCUUGCUGUUCUCAGCGUCAGGUGAUGCUUCAAGUACAUCAAGCCUCGCCAUGACAACGCCAAGGGAAAUCAGCCGAAAGGUUAUGUGGACACCACCUCUACCCUGCACUCUAGACCUGAAGGAACAGCUGAAGGAAGCUGGCGUCAAGCUGGACAAAGAGAGCAUCGAGUUCUUCACCAGCUUCUGUGGUGGGCAUCGCGGCAUUUUCAUCGCUGCGAUGCACUGGGUGAAGAGCAAGCAGAACCCGGCUGACAGUUGGAACUUCAGAAAGACGGUGGGAUAUGUGCGGAACAGCUACAAGCAGGGGAAUUGGAACUGUGCUGACACAGAGCUUCUAGGGUUUGUGCAACAGAGCCGUGCAGUGCGUAUCAAUGGUAGGUUCCACGAUGUUGAACGCAUUCCUCGGGAGUUUGUAGAGCUUCUUUGCAAAGGGGCAACCAGCAUCGCAGAAGCGGACGUUCGGAGAGAGCUUUCCAUCAAUGGCUUUGUAGUUCCCAAACCUGACAGAGGCAUUGAAGCAGAGUUCCAAAGCCUGGACUGGAACAACGCGCAUACGGAAUACCAAGUGGCGAACCCUCUACUGGCUUCAUAUUACCGCUUCAUUCUGCAGAAACAGUGCGCUUUGGAAGUUGGCAAAGGCAUUGAAGUGAAUCCCCGACACUGUGCAGACUUGCUGAUGCGAGCAUUGCCUUACAUGCUCUUCUGCAAGGUUGUGAGUUUUGAAGGAGAUGAGUCUGAGUUGGCGACAGAUGGUCUUCCGCAUGAACAGCAGUACAACAAGGCCGCCCACAGUGUGCUUCACGACAUGGGCUACAGGACCUUUGCCCCAGAAGCGUCAGGGACGGGCAAGGGGAAGCCAGACCUUAAGGUCCAAAUUGGUACUACAACGUUUAUCAUCGAGGGCGCAAAGGGCAAAAUCCCUGAGCACCUUGAGCGUUUCCAAAAUUUCGAAAACUACAAGAAUGCCGAGCACAAGGGUCUCUACAUCAUCAGCAACAACAAUGAGAAGAUGCUCGAGACCGUGAGGAAGACUUCAGAAGGCGAUGUCCAAAUCAUAGGCUUGGUCCCCAACAUCGCCCACACCGCAUACACCGUUCACGUGAAGAGCAAGGGGAUCAAAAGCAUCAACACCUUCACGGUGGACUGCGACCUCGUGGCAAGGAGGUUGGUGCUCAAAGACGAUGGCGAGCCUGAGCUCUACAGCGUCCAAUCGCUGAAGAGCGUCAACCUGUCUCCAAAAGCUCAGAGCAGCAAGACCUCUGAACCCGUCGUCUGGGUGCGGGAGCUGGCCCUGAAGGAUGGGACGGUCGCCGCCAAGUCUCGUCAAGAGGAGGAGCUGGAGCGGGCGUUUAAGGUGCAGUCCCGUGAGGGUGCGCAGCUCAAUGAUGUGGACGACUUGGCGACAGCCAUCAAGCAGAUGAACCCCGAUCUCAGGGACAUCGCUCCAAGGCAUAUCGACAUCUACCUGUACUCAAAAGAAGCUGGAGCGUGGCAACGCGUCGCAAGCGCAUCGACCUCCCUGCGUCAGGACACCAGCGAGCUAGACUGCUACGGCUUUUUGCCGUGGCAGCGAACUUGA